GGUGCAUCUCUGAUUGACCGUCGAGUACUAAAUGAGUCCGAGUUUGGCGAAAGCAUCACAAGGGAUCUGCGCAAAGUUAGCUGCGGAAAGGAAAAUUCUACCGUAACAAGGGCAUCUCCCACACUCUCCGGCUGCCAGCAUGAUGAAGGACUGCCUGCAGUUCCUUAUCGAGCCGGCCAAAAAGCUCAAGAUCCGACUCAAGGAGUCUCGUAAGCGGGUAAAACUUGAAAAGAAGGAGCCGCUGGUGGAGAGUCAGUUAUUUAUCAUGGAAUUGGCUCGAGAACUCAACAAAAUUUGCCAGAGGUCAAACAUCCUCAGCCACAUCUGGACAAGUGAGGACAUCUGGCCGGCCAGUGUGUGUCGGGAUUUCAUCAUAGAAUGGGCUGCUGUGCUGGAGAAGAAAGUACAGCCAAGAUUGAUUCAGUCUGACUACCAGUGUGAGAAACCAGAGAAGAAGGACUGGAAGGGGCACCUCCUCUGCAUGCUGGAGGCAGGGGGGGAGUACGACAUGGGGCCCCACAAAAGAGUCAUCAUGGACUGGACACGGGAGAUCAAAAGCAGACCUCAGCCCACCGUCUGGCCGGGCGAGCCUGUGCUCAUGAUGCUAGACGACCUGGAGUUCCAGUGGAAGAGGGGCCGUCUGCCCAACCUGCUCCCAGCCAUGGAGCUCGUCAUGCUGGCCGUGCUGAAUGCUGACAGUCCCGUCAAGGAGGACGUGACGAAGCAAUGGCUGGUGAGAAAGCAGAGAAGCCAGAAGAUCGAUGCUGUCCGCUACAUCCCCCACAGCGUGUGGAAUUGGAUUUGCGAUGCCGCAGAGGAAGUGACUCUGGACUCUGACUCAGCCAACCCAGACCUGCUCAUCUCCAGCGAUCAGAAGCGCAUGCGUUGUGGCCUGGAGCGUCGGGAAAUCCCGCGGUGCCGGCGACGCUUUGAUGGCUGGUGGUGCACUGUGGGCCAGGAGUGCUACACCAGCGGACGCCACUACUGGGAGGUCGAAGUGGGCGAGCGGGACUGGCGGCUCGGUGUGGCCAAGGCAUCCGCGGUGAGGCAGGGCUUCCGCCCGCUCAACACAGAUACGGGCUACCUGACCCUCCGUCUGGAUAGGGGCACGGAUCUGAAAGCCCUGACGGUGCCCGCCACUCCGCUGUCUCAGAUCAUGGUGCCCAGGAAAGUUGGGGUGUACCUGGACUAUGAGCAGGGCCAGCUGUCUUUCUACGAUGUGGAGAAGCGAUCCCACCUGUACACCUACAACGACAAGUUCACAGAGGAGCUUUACCCCGUGUUUGGGACUGUGGAGGUGGUCAAAGACCUGGUGAUAAGGUCUGCGGAUGUCAGGCAGCCAUGCCUCUGCCCUGGGCCCUGCCUCUGGACCUGAACUGCUUUAAACACAUAUCGACCCACUCCUCAGUCCCAAUUCUCAGCAACCCAAGAGUCUGUGCUUUUAUUCUGGUCCAUUCAUUCGUGGAUGUGGACGUCUUUCGUCUUGUGUACUGUUCUUGGACUAAAAGUCCGACUCUUUCUUCAGGUUGCCUUUUGAGAUCAGGAACAAGAACCUCCAUCAUUCUGCAUUACACUUUGCGUUACUCUGCCUUCGUAGAGACAUACAGCAUUUGACUAUUUGUAUUGUAAGGAAUUUUUUAAGGCUCAAAACCUCAAAAGGUCAAAACCUUAAAACCAGCUUUGUUUUUAGCUGAAUGGUUUUACUCACACUGUCCAAUAUGGACUGAGACGUUUUAGACAUCCAAAAAAAAAGUCCACAAAGAACCAUUGUUAAAACAUAACACAAACACUGGAGUUGCAGUGAUAUGAAAACACACACGACACAGAACUUCACAAAUGCUCAUGAAGACACUGUGGAAGGAUGUGCAUCAGUGCAGUGCUUGCCGACAUGCACAGGGAGAUAAUAAGAAUAAAAGAGUUCAUUCUCUCCCUGUUCGCUUCUUUUUCUCAAGCUUUCUGCAAACAUUCGUCAGGCAUGAGCUUGUUUUUGCGGCUGUGUUUUUGUUUUUUGUGUGCGAUACGAACAUAUCAAUGCUUUUUUUUCUCCAGAUAUCAAUAAAUUAACUCUAAAUGAUUUGUUUUGUCUUCUGUGCUGUGCUGCCACACAUCUAGAUCUAGAGUAGAAUUAAAAUGUAAUGCAAAUUUAUUUCAAAUCUUUAUUAAGUGCAAUACAGUUGACAUACCAAAAAAAAAGAAAGGAUGCUAAAAAAAAGGAAGUGAUACAUUAAACAAUAUGAUCAAAGGUAAAUUAAUUCUUAGAUGAAUGUUUUCGGUGAUAAGUUCAUCCGCUUACCCACAUGGGUUUGUUGUUUUUUUUGCUGUUUUUUUUUUACAUAAAUAUCCUCUCAACAUGUUUACCAAAGCAACAAAAUGAGAAGCCAAAAACAGUAGGAGUUGCAUUGCAGCAAAUACAAUCUUUCUGUCCUUACAAAUCAUUUCUAUAAAAUACUAAGAUCUUUUUGCUCAAAUGUUAGCCUACCCACAAUGCAAACUGUGAUGGCUUUGCAGAGUAAGGAAACAUGAAAAGUAUCAGCUUGAAGCAGUGUGUACCACAUGUUAAAUGCAUUUGUCUGUACUGUGAAGUCGUGCCCCUUGCUUGUCAGUAGGAAAGGUGUGUGUAAAUGAGCAACAAACCUGUGUUUGACAAUACCUCUGUAUUUGGCAUUAAAUUUAAAGUCGGUCUGCUUAAGUAAAAAUCUUAAAAAGUAUUAAAUAUGCUUGAAAAAAAAAA